UGAGUUUGUUUUAAGUGACCUUGUGUUUUUUCCUUUACAGUUGUAAAAUUAUAUCUGAUUGUUUUGAGCUGCAUUGCUCUGAUCCUGAUCCUGAUGUUCAUCACCUUAUGUUACAUUUACAAGAAGAAGCAGCUCAAGUGGACACCAGCCGCUGCUGGAGGUACAGAGCUCAUAUACGCUGAUAUCUCUCAUGAGGAAAAGGGUGAAAAGAAGAAUACAGAAUUUCCCCCUAAUGUUGAUGUGGAAUAUGCCAUGGUCCAGCUGCAGACAAAGAGAAAGAAAGAGGUGGAAGAGGAGGAGGAGGUGGAAGAGAAGGAGGAGGAAGAAAAGGAGGUGGUGGAAGAGGAGGAGGAGGAAGAGGUGGAAGAGGAGGAGGUGAAAGAGAAGGAGGAGGUAGAAAAGGAGGUGGAAGAGAAGGAGGAGGAAAAAAAGGAGGUGGAAGAGAAGGAGGAGAAAAAAAAGGAGGUGGAAGAGGAGCUUCAGUAUGGUGAGGUGACGUUCACACCAAACCACUCACACAAUCCGCAGGAGCUUCAGAAGCAGUGUGUUUUCUAGGGGUGUAACAGUUCAUGGUAAGAAUAAAAUGAAAAAUCAAACCAUAUGGUUCGGCACGCACUCACACCACAGUUCAACUUUAAUCUGACAAGGCAUCUGUAAUAUGGUUUGGUAAAAAUUUAAAAGUUUGGCCAGUGUUUCUGUCAAUGGAUAGCCAUUGUGGCUUCCCAAUACAUUACAACAUCAAUGAUGAAAAAAGAGAAAAAAGAAACAUGGACAAGUGUAUCACUCUUUGUUAAAUGCGUAUGCUGUCUGCUGGAAUAUGAACAGUCACUGAUGCUGUCAUCACCCAGGUGUUGCUAGUGAGAAGUGAGACCUGAAGAACACACGUUGCUAUCUGUGUUUUAACUAAACUCAUUUAAGCCUUGACAGUUUAAAUAUUAAACAGU